AUGAAAUCGUGGAUUCAAUCUAAAGAUAAAAUCGUAUUCGAAAAGUUUAUAAAGGCUGAGGAUGUCAGAUGUGAAAAGAAGAAAAUGCAUGAAGUUAGCCAAAGAAAUAAAUCAAACCCUGCAUUGUCGCUUGCUUUAAAUACAAAACGAGUCAACGAUUUAAUAUCGCAAGUAGAGGAUGCUUGAAAGCAUAAAGAAGCAGUUUCCUAUAGAAAAUCCAAAGAAAAAAUGCUUCAAAAAGCAGAAGAAAGUUUACUACUUCAAAUUAAACUGAAAAAGCUUCUUCAUGAGCAAAGUUCAAAAUUUAUAACUCUUUAAACAAAUAAAAAAAAUUUGCUCACUCACAGGUUUUUUUUUUUUAUAAAUUUAAAGAAUUCCAAUUGUCAAAAAUAAUCUAAUUUGUAAAAUUUAAGUUUUAAAAUGUAAGCUGUUUAAAAUUCAACAGAAUUAGCUUAACAUUUCAUUUAUGCUCAUUAUUACUUAUAUUUUAAUUUCCUUUCUUUAAAAAAUUUUAUAUUAUUAAAAAUAUAAACUUUUCUAAUGAUUUUGUUUGCUCACAGAGGGGAGUAAGAAAAAGACGUCCAAGUUGCCCAAAAAUAGAUCCGUUACCCUAUCUUAGAAAAUAUAGGGAAAAAUUAAAUAGAAGUGUAGAGGAGAAACUAAUUAGGACACCUAGAAAAGAAUUAUCACCAAUACCUAACAAUUUUUUAUUAUUAUUUUAAAAAUUAUAUUAUUUAAUAAAAAAUUAAAUAAAUUAAUUUAUAGGAUCAUCUAACAAAAUAAUCCAACCCACCUUUAUGAAUAUUAAAAUUGUGCCUGCAAGCAUAUCUCCGUCAAGAUCCUACCGAAAAGAAGUAAAUUUAAAAUCGUCAAAGCAAAUUUCCAACAUAAAUUAG